ACUUGUAUUUGUUUAUUAUUAUAAAUUAUUGCUUAUAAUAUCAAGGUCGUUGUGGUUUUUAACUGUCAGUGUAAUGACAACUUUCUGCGCAGAUUCUAAAUUGAAGAUGAAAAGGCACGCGGCAUACUAACUUAUCUAAAAGCAACAACAUGUUACGCUUCACUUCGAGUUCGUUCCGCCUUCAUGUUGAAGUACAAUAAGUAUUUAUUAGGAUUCUUAUGGCGGCUUGAAAGCUGGAGUUCCCCAAAGCAGAUGAAUACAUUGCAUCCAAUGUUGAGAAAGGUCCGUGUCCCAUUUAUGGAAUGUAUGUAAAAGUGUGGUGGGACCGCGAGCGUGCGGCGGUUACAAGAACACACAGGAUAAGGAUUUGUAGAAUCUCCGUUUUGACCCGAGGGCGUAUAUGACGGAAAGGGGGCGCUCUAAACCUUGAAAUUCCCAAUGCGCCGUGCGUCCGACUACAUUGAGAGGCAGCCGGAGACGCACCGUGCACCUAAGUUCUUCUUCUCGGUCCCUUUUUGUCUUUUUUUGCAUGCAUGCGUGCGUGGCUGCGUUGGGUCAUGCCGUCAGACAGCCCUUCUGGAUGAAUCCGCAGCAAACCAAAACGGCGGUGAUCAGAAGCGAGCCCCAUGCAGCUUCUUGCCCACACUCCGUUGCUUUCGUAAAAGUGCUCACUUGUCUGGGUUCGGAAAAGUGCCUCCAGCCGAGAUCGCAGUCCCGGCAAUUGGAGCCUUCCACCGCGAAGCCGGACGAGCCCUACCCGCUUCAAGAGCACAGACCCGCUCGCAGCCACGCCACCCCACACACCCAGACACCCAGCACCAUUCAGCGCGAAGCUCUCACGCCAGAUCUAUGGCAUUCUGACAAUGAACAAGCGCACUCAGUUAUUGGAACAGCUGCAGUUUAUCCAGUUGAAAUGCGCGCCUCGAGACAUGCCCUGCGUGCAGGCUCAGUAUGGGCCCACCCCCCCAGGCUCCGCCUACUCCGGCCAGUCCUUCGGCUACCAGGGGGACAGCUACGCUUCUGACCUCAUGACCUCUGACUACACCAAGCUGGACCUGGACGGUGGCGAGAUAUCCGCCGCGGCCGCCACCACCUCUCUGCCCAGCUUCAACGUGUUCGUGGAGGGGGGCUACGAGCCCAAGUCGUCCUGCCUCUACCAGAUGCCCGCGCACAGGCCCGCCAUCAAGAAGGAGGAGGACAGCUACCCGACGGUGCCGCAACUGGGGGCCCUGUCUUCCUCCGCCAUGUACUUUAAACAGUCCCCCCCAUCCACGCCCACCACCCCUUCCAUGCCCCCGCAGCCCGGCACCUCUUUCCUGUGGGAGGAGCAUUCACUGGUCCCUCCCUCGCACCCCCAUUCCAUGGGCUCCAGCCUGGAUGCGGGCUCCCUAAAGUCACCCCGUUUUCCACACUUCUACCAGCACUCGCCGCCCCACAGCGGGGGUAGCGUGGGGGGCUACGAGACUCUAGGAGGAGGCCUGGUCCGCACGUCCUCCUCCUCUUCCUCCACGUCCUCCUCGGUCUCGCAUGCUCACGGCCCGCCACUGGAGCAGCAGCCCAUGUACCAGCUACACCGCGGGGCCGGGGGCACCAGCCUUGCGUUCCGUUCCUUGGCACUUGGCCCCUGCGGCCCCUUACUCGGAGACAGCCUGCCCUCGCCCCCGCCACGUGGCCCCCAAGGAGAGGGCACCUGCGCCGUGUGUGGAGACAACGCGGCCUGCCAGCACUACGGCGUCCGCACGUGUGAGGGCUGCAAAGGCUUCUUCAAGCGCACCGUGCAGAAGAACGCCAAGUAUGUGUGUCUGGCCAGUAAGAACUGUCCUGUGGACAAAAGGCGACGCAACCGCUGCCAGUACUGCCGCUUCCAGAAGUGUCUGAGUGUGGGCAUGGUCAAGGAAGUGGUACGCACCGAUAGCUUGAAGGGGCGUCGUGGACGUUUGCCCUCCAAACCAAAGAGCCCGCUGCAGACAGAGGUGGCCCCUCCCUCGCCACCCCUCAGCCUGAUCUCCGCUCUGCUCAGGGCUUAUUCGCACUGCACACCCCAUGACCUUGACUAUAGCCAGUUCAGCGCUGCUGACCCUCCCUCGUCCUCCUCAGACGCAGAGCACAUCCACCUGUUCUACAGGCUCCUCACCAUUUCGAUGGAGACCACACGUUGCUGGGCCGACCGACUGCCAGGCUUCUCCGAGCUCCACCGGGAUGAUCAGAACCUGUUAAUAGAUUCCGCCUUCCUGGAGCUGUUUGUCUUGCGGUUGGCUCACAGGUCGAUCCUGUCAGAGGACAAAUUAGUGUUCUGUAAUGGCUCGGUGCUGCACAGGUUCCAGUGCCUUCGCGGUUUUGGCGAGUGGCUGGACUCCAUCCGAGACUUCUCCACCCAUCUCCAGAGCCUAAACCUGGACGCCUCCGCCUUUGCCUGCCUGGCCGCCCUCGUGCUGCUCACAGAGCAAGUCCCGGGCCUGAAGGACUCCAAGCGAGUGGAGGAGCUGCAGAACAAAGUGAUUUGCUGUCUCAGAGACCACCUGGGCUGCGGCCCCUCAUCGUUGUCGCCCAAGGCGGCGCCCGCCCUGGGUCGUAUUCUGGGUUUAAGGGCAGAGCUACGCUCCCAGAGGACUCAGGGCCUUCAGCGGAUCUUCUACCUGAAGCUGGAGGACCUGGUGCCACCUCCGCCCGUGAUUGACAGGUUCCUGGACACUCUGCCUUACUGAUGGCGAAGGAUGGAGAUGGAGAGAAAACAAAAAACAAAACAUCACAUCCAGUUUGAGUACAAUAACAGUCACUUUGCUGUGAUGCCAACAGGAUAACCACAAGAGAACUGCCUCCAAAGGACCAUCAAUUAAAUAGACACUUUUGACCAGUGUAAAGAGAAAAAAAAAUUAAUUCAAUGAAAUGCUUCGCCACUUCUGAUUUUCACAUGGAGGCUGAGAAAGAAAGACAUGUUGUUCUCUGGAAGAGAAGAAAAAAAGAAGUUUCUGUGUAUACUUGCCUGUUUAACCAGUGUGCUGAAUUCACUGGCAGGAAAAGGAAACGUGAGUGCAGGCGAUGCACUUUGUCCAAAAAGAGAAAGUCAGAGCUCAGUGACAAUAUAUAUGACACAUGAUUUCAACAACACAGGAAAUGAGUUCUUGAUUGAUUCCAAGUGCAAUUUCUGACUGCUUUCUCAUCACGUAAGGAGCUGACGCAUAAGGAGCGGUUUAAUUUCAAACUCUAAAUUAUUUGAAAGCAAAGACAUGUCCUUUAUUGUCAAUAGAAUUAAGUAGGAGAGAAAUCCGGCUUCAGAGGAGAGAAACUGUGCACUAAUGAUUGAUGACUGCUCACUCAGACUUGAAACGCUCAUUUUUGUGCGCUUAUUGGACUCAUACGGAACUGUUAGGAGACAGAAAUGGGCUCUUCUGAAGCACUUAACGGCCUGCAAAGGGCAUGAAGGACCGACACACACCCGGCCUGCUCCUCCCACUGAGAGGAGAGGAGAGGAAAGGAAGGUGCUCGACAGAUAGAUCCACGGAAGAAACAUUCCGCCGUCUUUUUAUAGUUCUCAUGUGGCGGUGUGAGUGUGUGCAUCUUAAUGUGUGUGUGUGUGUGUGUGUGUGUGUGUGUGUAUGUGUGCGCGUGCACGCGUCAGAGAAGCCAGCAUCUUAAGCAUGUUGUUUUUAAGCUGUCAAAAACCAGCUUGCCUCGUGUGUUUGCGUGUCUCACCCCGUUGCCCCCCCCGCCCCUGCGCCCCACUGACACACUCACAGCGGCAGUGAUCUUCUGAGGAAAAAAAAGAAGCAAAUUCUAUAGAUAUAUAAAUAUACAAAAACUAAUAUUUUGAAAUGUUUUUAGCUUUUUUCAAAUAUUGUGGUACGACGUGCAUUGUUUUCAAAGAAGAGAAACAAAAAAACUUGCUGUUCUUUUAUUUUUCAACGUCCUUUGGUUUGAGUUUAUUGUUCGAUUUUUUUUCUUUCUCCUUGGUUCACUGGAUUUUCUGUUCAGCACUUUGAAAUCAUAAACUAGUUCUGAUUA